CCGCCCCCACUCCGCCCACCAUAUCCCACAACAUCCCCCCAAAGCGCCCGUCCCCCACCUGGCAGCAGCAGCAGGCGGGGGGCAACAGCAACCUUCGUCCCCUCAAUGUCAGGGACGCAUUGUCGUAUCUCGACCAGGUCAAGAUUCAAUUCAACGACCAACCAGAUGUAUACAACCGCUUUUUAGACGUGAUGAAAGAAUUUAAAGGCCAAGUUAUUGACACACCCGGGGUUAUCGACCGAGUGUCAACACUCUUCCGCGGCCACCCAUCACUUAUCCAAGGCUUCAACACUUUCCUCCCGCCAGGAUACCGUAUCGAGUGCUUUGGAGGCGAAGGGGAUGCUUCAGGGUUGAUCACUGUCACCACACCUGCUGGAACAGUCAGCCAAAUUCCUGGCAACUUUGCAGCUGCCAUCGAUCAGCGGGAGCGAGAAGCCCGUGAAGGUAUCCAGGCGUCCGCCGCCGAGGUUACUGCUCGUGAUAGCCGGGCGGGGUCGUCUGCGCCUUACCCUUCAGCCACGAGUCAAGGUGCUGCUCCAGCUCAACCUUUACCGCCGUUGAACGCUCUUCCGUCACAUAUCCCAAGCGGUCCUCCUCCUUUCCAAGGUGCUUCCCAUACUGGCCGACAAGCAGCUGCUCCGCCACCUGCUCGCCAAGCUCCUGCAAGCCAGGGUCCCGGUACGCUUCCUCUGCCUCCUCACGCACAGCAUCCUCUUCCUCCGUCGGGCCCUUCCACGCCUUCUGCAGCUCAAUUCCUCGCAUCUGGCGGACUGUCUCACGGCGCUCAACCUGCUCCUCAGCCACAACAAGGUGGCAACCGAGCCCCGAUCUUAGAGUUCAACCACGCUAUCACCUUUGUUAACAAGAUCAAGACUAGGUUCAACAACGACCCCGAAACUUACAAGCAGUUCUUGGAAAUCCUUCAGACAUAUCAGCGUGACACGCGGGACAUUGCAGAGGUGUAUGAGCAAGUUACCAAGCUCUUCACCAAUGCUCCCGAUCUGCUCGAUGAAUUCAAGCAGUUCUUGCCCGAGAAUGGUACAGGCGGUCUGGGUAUGCUUUCUGGCUCAUUCAUGCAAGCUGCUGGUGCCGCGCCUGUUGUUCCCGAAAAGGUCGCAGGUCAAAAGAGGGGUGCUGCCAAGGAGGGUAAAGAGAUGGGUCAAAAGAAGCGAAGGACGGCUGCUUCGGGUGUCGAGCCUGCGACAAAAGCAACCCAGGGCAAACGCGCUCGAGCUGGUCAGAGGGAGAGUCCUUCUUUAGAAGACGUCGAGUCUGGACUCCCUGCUCUCACGCCUCAACAGCAAACUCUUGCAUCCCCCGACGAAGUCGCGUUCUUUGACAAGGUUAAGAAAUUCAUUGACGACAAGGUGGUCUAUCACGAGUUCCUUAAACUCAUCAACCUCUUUGUGCAGGACAUGAUUGACACCAAGACCUUGCUCGACCGGGCGCAGCUGUUUAUCGGGGAUGCUCCCGAGGUUUGGGCAACAUUCCAGAGGGUGGUGGGCGUCGAUAGCGAGGGUAGGAUCCCGCCUAACCCUGCUUCCAUCCAGGGUGGCUACGGGUUUGGUGGAAUGAUUGGGAUUGAUAACUUGAUGGUGGAGAACACCCCGAUGUUGGACAGGGUCAAGCCUGAUAUGAACUUGGCGAGCGCCAACCAGGUUGGGCCAAGUUACCGCCAGCUGCCACGAUCUGAAAUCAACCUUCAAUGUACUGGUCGGGAUGCCAUGUGUUGGGAGGUGCUCAACGAUGAGUGGGUCGCUCACCCAACUUGGAACGCCGAGGACGUGGCACCGUUUGUCUCUCACCGUAAGAAUCAAUUCGAAGACAACCUCCACAAGUCUGAGGAAGAGCGCCACGAGUACGAUUACCACAUUGAAGCCAACCUGCGCACCAUCGCUCUGCUUGAGCCCUUGAAUAACAAGAUUCAGACCAUGGAGCCCGAAGAGAGGGCAAACUUCAACCUCAAGGCUGGUCUUGGUGGGCAAAGCAAAUCCAUCUACCAGAGGAUUAUCAAAAAAGUGUAUGGUAAAGAGCUUGGGCCAGACGUCAUUCGCGCUCUGCACGACAACCCUAUUGUUGCUUUGCCCAUCGUUCUUGAACGUCUAAAGGCCAAGGACGAAGAAUGGAAACGUGCCCAGCGCGAAUGGAAUCGACUGUGGCGAGAGCAAGAUGCCAAAAACUUUUAUAAAGCUCUUGAUUACCAGCACUCGGGUACGAAAGCCACCGACAAGAAAAAAGUUGCGCCUGCCAAGACGCUCAUCAAUGAGAUUGAGGCACGCAAGGCUGAGCAGCUGAACCAGCGUUCGGCACUUGUCGAUUUCCGCGUAUGGAGGGCCAAGCCGCAGAUGGAGUUUGAGUUUACGGAUAUGGAUGUGCUCAAGGAUUCGAUGAAGCUUAUCAUCAGUUACCUCGACAGGAUGCAGAGCAACUCGCUCUCAUCUGCCGAUCAAGUCAAGGUGGAGAGUUUCCUCCGCGACUUUGUGCCCAUCCUUUUCAUGCUCGACAAGGACGAGUUUGACGCCGAGUUUGGAGAUGGCGAGGAGCCCAACAAGACACCAGAAGAGGAAUCUGAAGAUUCUGAAGGGGAUGAGGAGAGCGGUAGUGCGGCAGAUGACGCAGAGAUCUCCAGUAAUGCCGGGGGAGGUAGUGCCAGGGGCGCCAAGGGUGAAAAGAGACACGCCGCAGACUUGCGUAAGAGGUUGCUCAAGCAAGCUGCUGGGGAUAAUGUGAGCCGAGAAUUAUCGGUGACCACUACCGGCCCUACUGAGGAUGGCCAGCUGCAACCAUCUACGGAGCCUCUUUCUGGUGAGGUCACCCCACUGACAGAGAAUGGCGAGCGCGCCGAUACCCCCUUGCCCGUUCCUGCCGAUCCCGAGGAAGUGGCGGAAGCGGUUGAAAAGGAUAAAGCCGGGGCAGAGGCCAGCGAGCAGACGUGGGUCAAGAUUGACGGCGUGGCCACGGAAAGUCAGCCCAUGUCGGGGACAAGUUCAGUCAAUGGGGAAAAGGAAAAGGAGCAAAGUGUAAAGGCGAAGAGAAAAGGCAACUUUUUCGCCAACAGCCAUUUCUAUGUCCUCUCGCGGUAUCUUCAGAUGCUUUACUCUCGUCUCAUGACUUGCAAGACCAUCGCGUCCAAACUCGCCAAGGAGAACCGACGUCCCGUUAACCCGCUCGCUCUCAAACUUGGUCUCGUUGACCCUGUGACGCAGUACUUUGGUAUUCUCCAAGGCGAUAACCCUGCCGAACAUUACUACUCUCAUCUGCUGAGCUUGUUGGAGAGGUAUUUCGACAAUGAGAUUGAGUUUGGAGCGUUUGAGGAUGCGUUGAGAUUGAUGUUCACAAACGAGGCUUACCUGAUGUUCAACUUGGAUAAGGUGAUUGGCGGUAUUGUGAGACAGAUUCAAACGAUUGUUGGCGACCUCAAGUCUCAAGAACUCUUUGCCCUGCUUCAGCGUGAUCGUGCAAAUGCAAGGACUUCGACCAAGAACCAGAUUGCCUACAGAAUGCAGGCUGAGGGCGUCCUGGGCGGCAACGAGAAUUUGUACAAGAUUGAAUGGUUACCCGGGAAAGAGACGCUUACUAUCCAGCUUUUGAACGAGGAUGACCGUUCGGUGGACGAUGCCGAAACUACGCAGGAACGAUGGGCUCAAUACAUCGAAUCCUUUGCCCUGACCCACCCAACGGAAGGUCUCCUCAAGCGCGUCGACUCGCCCUUCCUCCGACGAAACAUUACAAAGGUCCAUUCUCGCGAAGAAGAAUUAUCUGCUUCUGCCGGUCCGUCUUCUGCCAAGAACAAUGUGGAAGCAAAGGACGGGCUGGAAAUCAAGAUUGCGUUGGGCAACUAUCGAAUGUUCUUUACCCCGGGAACAGAGGAUUAUUUCCACCGAGCGUACAAGCAUCAACAAGUGCAGGCUAAACCCCGAUCUCAAAAGUCUGUGGAGGGUGUCGCUGCUCCUGAACCUGAACCUGCUCCUGAUUCUGAACCUGAUUCUGAACCUGUUCCUGCCCCUGCUCCUGUUGCUCCUGCUUCUGCUCCUGAUUCUGAAUCCGCUCCUGCCCCUGCUCCUGAUUCGGAAUCCGCUCCUGCCCCUGCGCCUGUUGCUCCUGCGGCGGAAGUGCAGGAAAAUGAUGAGAGCGCAGAUGUGGAUGCGGGCGCGGAAGCGGGCGCGGAAACGGGUGCCGAGCCAAGCACGGUCGUGCCAGAAUCUGCCGCUACUACAGCCGAGUAGACACGGAGAAAGAAAGAGAGAAAUGUGUCUGGGGAGUUUGUAUUGAUUUUGUUUUUCAUCCAUUCUUCAAAAGUUACAUGUAAAGCAAAUUGAAGGAGGAGGGGAAAGGGGGCGGGGGUUGAAAGUCUCUUCUUUCUGUUUGUGUUGGCUAGUUUUGAAUGUGGGCAGACGCUGAUGAGUGAUGGAUGAGUGGAUGAGUGGAUGGAUGAGUGAUGGAUGAGUGGAUUGGUAUUGCGAGGGGGUGUUCUAAAAAGUAUUCUAUACCCCGGGUGUGUUGUAGCUUUUUUUUUUCUAUGAAAAUGUGUG